AUGGAAGCAAUCAAGGUAAAACUGAAGUUAGAAGGAUGCUUUACAGUGGAAAGCCAUGGAAGUAGUGAGGGUCUUGCACUACUAUGGGGUCAAGAUCUUGAGGUGCAGAUCCAAAGUUUCACAAGAUGGCAUAUCAGUGCGUUGGUGAAGGAGAGAAACAGCCAGCAACAGUGGAGUUUCACUGGUUUUUAUGGCCACCCCGACACCUCAAAACGUGAUAGUAGCUGGGGAUUAUUAAAGGCUAUCAAGGACCAAACCUCUUUACCUUGGAUUUGUAUAGGAGAAUUUAAUGAAUUAAAAAGUCAAGAGGAGAAAUGGGGUGCUGCACCUAGGCCAUACAGGCAAAUGGAGAAGUUUAGAGAAGUUCUUAAUCUCUGUUCACUUCAUGAUCUAGUCACUAAGGGUCCUCAUUUUAUGUGGUCAAAUAACAUAACUGGGCCCAACUUCACAAAAGAAAAACUCGAUAGAGCUAUGGCUUCACCUGUAUGGAUGUCUAUUUUCCCAAACAACAUCUGUCAAGUUCUUCCAGCAGUAAGUUCAGAUCACUCUCCCCUCCACCUAAGGUUGAAUUGCCCAAACUUGAGCUGCAGCAAAAGAAAACAUGUUUUCAGGUAUGAAGCAGCAUGGUCUCUAAGGAAUGAUUGCCAAACAGUGAUCGCUGAAGCAUGGCAAACAUCAACAAACGGGCACCAACUGGAUAAGAAUUUCAGAGAAAAAUUAACAAACUGUCAAAGAAUGCUACAGCAGUGGCCUACUACAAUAGAGGCAUGUAUUUCAGGCAUGACAUCAAAAGUUAGUGAAGACAUGAAUAGAAAUCUCCUGCUGGAACUCACCUCUCAAGAAGUUAAAGAAGCAGUUUUCCAAAUGACCCCCUUAAGCUCUCCAGGUCCUGAUGGGUUCCCCGCUCAAUUUUAUCAAUCCAACUGGGACCACAUACAGCAGGAAGUGCUAGAUUUCUCUUUGCAAGUUCUGAAUAAAGGAGGCCCUUUGAAGGAAGUGAAUGACACUUUCAUCACUUUGAUCCCUAAGGUAAAAGAGCCAAAGAAAGUGAGUGAUUACAGACCAAUAAAUUUGUGCAAUGUCAUCUAUAAAGUCAUAGCUAAGGUGCUUGCUAAUAGGCUUAAAGCUAUUCUGCCAAUGGUGAUUUCACAUAACCAAAGUGCCUUUGUGCCUGGAAGGUUAAUAACAGACAACAUCCUUAUAGCAUAUGAAACACUCCAUGGGAUGAACACUUGGGGUAGAGGCAAAGAGGGUUUUAUGGCAUUCAAAUUGGAUAUGAGCAAGGCGUACGACAGAGUAGAAUAG